AUGCCAUGGCUGGCAGCGGCGAAGGCGCAGCCGGCGCAAGAUGCGGAGAGCGACCUUGAGGGAUUGAUACCCAAGGCGCGUUCCUCCCCGUCCAUGGCGACACCCGACGACAGAACAGUGGUGCCUCGUACUGAGGUGCAGUACCGCGAGCAGGCGCUGAGCGACUUAAAGGUGCAAUACCGCGAGCAGGCACUGAGCGACUCCAAGGCACUCAUGAUCGCACUGGCGGCGGAAAUGCGGGAGCUGAGCGAGGUUGCGGAGGAGAUCGUGAAGACCGAUGGCUUGCCAGUCACAAGGAAGAUCAACGGUCGAUAUUUGCCGUCGCAUCUCAGCAACAGAUUGGAAGAGCUCUAUUCCGACCUGAGGCAGCAGCUGGAGGGAAUCGAGAAGCUGCGCCUGCGUGAAGUACCUCUGGUGUGGUUUGGCAUGGCGGAGGACGUGAAGGUGAUGCGGUCGUUCGACGGCUGGCCGUACGGCCGCAGAGGAGAUGCCUCCGAGCUCUAUUCCGACCUGAGGCAGCAGCUGGAGGGAAUCGAGAAGCUGCGCCUGCGGGAGGUCCCCUUGGUGUGGUUUGGCAUGGCGGAGGAUGUGAAGGUGAUGGGGUCGUUUGACGGCUGGACGUACGGCGAGCAGAUGUCUCCUGAGACCACCGGCACCAUGACUCGAUUCACCACUGUGCUCAAGCUGCGCCCUGGGAGGUACGAGAUCAAGUUUCUGGUGGACGGUGAGUGGAGAGUGGCGACAGAGUGGCCCACCGUGGGUCACGCCCCAGCAGCCCAGCCACUCACCCAGCACUUCUUCCAUGGUGACCCUCGCCUCGGGGUCCCUUGUGAGUUUUGA